CUGGGGACCUUGUUUCCCGCCGUUUCUACGAAAAAGAACUCUGCUCCAGGUGCCCAGGGAUUGCCAGAGAAAGGAGUGGGGCAUUGUGACUUCUGUCACCAAAUUAAUAGCUGCUGGAUUGUUGCAUUGCCUCCAAGCAAGACUAGUAGUGAGGGAAGCACAGCCUGGCCUCUCCUGAAGAGAAAUGCAGUCCUUGUCAGACUGCCUUUUGAGUUGGUGAACCUGUGGGCAGAGGCCACCCCCCUUUUGAUCAAUUCAAGCUGCUAUGGGAGAUGCCUGUCUCGAAAGUAGGAUGCAUAUGUAAUAAAUUAGCCUGGAGAAGAGGACUAUUCUGCAGAGAUGGGCAGAUAAGAGUCAGAUGUUAUUAGAUGGGUGUGCAACUUUGAGGACUCCUGCUGUUUUUUCUCUAACUUGCAACCUCAGCCACCUGGGCUAAACAAGUCUAAUAAAAUGCAGCUUUAACAAGCAAUGAUGCACCUCCUCAUAGGCCAUCACCAGAGGUGAGCAGAGAGUGUUUUGAUAGAGUUCAGCCAAUGUACUUUAAUGUCUGGACUUCAGUCUUGAGAAUUUAACACAGGCUCAUCAAGAAAGAGCUGCCCCAUUGCCUGUGGCACUGGUGGAGAGAAGCUUCAUUGCAGUUUACUCCUUUUUGCUUUAAUCCUUCCAUUUCUUGUGCUGGCACCUGUACUUGCCCACACUUCCUGGUUUUCCCCCCUUCCCCAUUGUUUUUUCCAGGGAACACAGGAGUGACAGAAUGACACUAUGGAUGGUGGGGUUAACCCCCUUCUCCCCGACAGCAUCCUCUUUGAAAUUUUCCUGUACUUGGAUUACAAAGAGGUGCUGUCAGCAGGGCAGGCAUGCCGCCAGUGGAAUGCUGUGGCUAGGGAUGAGGUCCUAUGGAAGGAGCUUUUCUACAGAUACUAUGAGGUAGCUCGGGAUGUCCCACGGCACCCAGCUGCUGUUUCUUGGUAUGACGAGUUCCAGAGACUGUAUGACGCCAUCCCCUGCAUUGAAGUGCAGACCCUGAAGGAGCAUACCGAUCAAGUCCUCCACCUCAGCUUCUCCCACAAUGGCUACAUGUUUGCUUCCUGCUCCAAAGACUGUACCGUCAAGAUUUGGAACAACGACCUGGAGUUCUCCCUUUUGCAUAGCUCCAACAUGAAGAAGUUCAACUGGAGCUACACUCAGUUCUCGCAGUUCAACGCCGACGAUUCCCUCCUUCUGGUGUCGGGGGUCUUCAUGGGGCCCCGCACUUCCUCCUCAGGCGAGAUUGCAGUCAUCAGCUUAGAAAAUUUCACACUGUUGUCCCGGGUGCGCAACAAGCCCUAUGAUGUCUUUGGCUGCUGGCUGAACGAAACCAACCUGAUUUCUGGCAAUUUGCACCGUAUUGGCUACCUCACCUCCUGCUCCGUGUUGUGGUUGAACAACGCUUUCCAGGGUGUAGAAUCUGAAAACAUGAAUGUGGUAAAGAGACUUUUCAAGCUCCAGAACCUGAACGCCAGCACCAUCCGGACAGUGAUGGUGGUGGACUGCAGCCGCUAUGAUUCCCCUGACCUUAUGGCAAACCAAGGAGAGCAGUUGGUGUCCAGCCCCGCCACAGCUGCCAGCCAGGCUACCGAUCUCUGCAGCGACGGCGAGGAGGUGGAGCCCAAACACCACGCAGCGCAAGAGCUAUCUGCAGAGGACUCCCCAGAAGCCAAGAGCGAAGCAGAGGCUAGUGAUGGGCUGGACUGCUUCCUCGCAGACAUCAUUGAAGGGCGCGUCCGGCCAGAAAUGACAGAAAUGGAGAUGGAGACAAAGGUGGCCCAGCUGCUGGCGAAAAAGCGGACAAAGCCUCCCGAGCCAAACUUGCUCUCCAUGGAGGGCUGCAGCCAGAAGAAGUACUUGAUCUUCACCACUGGAUGCCUCACCUAUUCACCACACCAGAUUGGGAUUAAGCAGAUCCUGCCUCACCAAAUGACAACAGCAGGUCCAGUCCUUGGAGAAGAAAGAGAGUCUGAUAAGUUCUUUGAUUCACUCGACCAUGUCAUCGAUAUCCAUGGACAUAUUAUCGGCAUGGGCCUCUCCCCUGACCACAGGUACUUGUACGUGAACAGCCGAGCUUGGCCCCAAGAUUGCAUCAUUUCUGACCCUUUGCAGCCACCUCCCAUCGCCGAGGAAAUCGACCUCCAUGUCCUGGACCUCAAAACGAUGAAGGAAGUGAAGCGAGCCCUGCGGGCUCACCGGGCCUACACACCCAGCGAUGACUUCUUCUUUAUUUUCCUGGAUGUCAGCAGAGACUUUGUGGCCAGUGGUGCUGAAGAUCGCCACGGCUACAUCUGGGACCGGCACUACAACAUCUGCUUGGCCAAACUGCGGCAUGAUGACGUGGUCAACUCAGUGGCCUUCAGCCCCGUGGAACAAGAACUGCUCCUGACAGCCAGUGAUGACUGCACCAUUAAGGUGUGGCGCUCCCCCCAUACCGUGCGGAUUCUGCACGCUGAGAAACCCAGACUCCGCAAGCCCCUCUUCUCCUGGGCCACAAACCAGAGAAGCUGAGCCAGCCUGCUCUGUCAGGGACCCUCCUUGGCCUGCGAGGCCAUCCCUGAGGGCUGGGGUGAGUGACCGCAGCCCUUCCACUUGGCUUUGCUUUCCUGUCCACUGCCACAGUCAACAAGACCUGGCUGCAUUGGAGGAAUCUGGGACAACCUGGCCAAAGCAGACUCCUCUGCCUUCGUUUUUAACGGAGUUUCAUGGUUUUUGUUACUUAUAUAGGUUUGUUCACAUAAAAACACAUGUAAAACUUUAUGUCUGCCAGGACCCUUUUGCGAGGGUAGCCAGCUUCAUCCUCCAGCCUAGAAUGCUACAUGGGUGCUACGGAGGAUUCUUGGGGCUGCCAACUCCUCGGGUCAGGGGCUCUGUACCGUUGGCAGCUCUGUGAGAAGCAGAAAUCGAGGGGAAGAAGGUUGCCCCUACUGAAUUUCUCCUAGCUGAAGUCACAAAGAAGCAGAGCAAGAGUGAGAAUACCUCAACCCUAGAGAAGCACAACCUAGGCUAAGCUCGGUUGCAGCUGUUCUGCCAGAUUGAGUUUCACUCGCCGCUUCUGUUCCCCCUUGGAGCAGCGGAAGCUGUGCUUUGCUGUUGAUGUUCCAGCUGGCAUCCUGCUCCAUUUAUAGGUACACUCUCCCAGUUACACAUUUGGAAGGAAGGAAGGAGCCCCCUGAGAGUUAUGAAUGACUGGAGUCUAAAAGAAACCCCAGCAAAGACUGCCAGGAAGGAGGUGAGCAAAAGCAUUUAAGGAGGGCGUCAGGCCUUCGACCCAGCCCCUCAGUAAACAACUCAGAGCUAGAGUUUUCUCUGUGAUCCCUGCAGAGGGGGGGAGAGGAAAGUGACAAUCAAGGCAUGUGUGGGGUCAAAGGGUGAAGGUGAGAUCACCUGCUGUAACAACUCGGUCACUCAGCCAUUUAGACUGAUCUAGAGCAAGGGGUUCCUUCUUCAGGAGAGUUGUUGGAGGGAGUUAAAAGAGUUUGGUGUACACAAAGGGUUGAGCCUCUUAGAAACGUGGAAUAUCAGUCUGCCCCCAAACUCAGAGGGACAAUGCUUCUGAACUACAUCACAUCAGCAGCACAGCAUGGAUUCAAUAAACUUCCUUAAGCACCUCUUUGAGAGCUA